AGCCAAUUGUCCGAGAGUCAAGGGUUACAAGAAAAGGAAAAUCAUUUACAACUCGAAUUCAUUCAUUCAUUUAAAAUGGGCCGUAAGAAAAUAAUGGAGAAGCCUUACAUUAAACGUUCGAUUUCAAAAUCCGUUCGUGACCAGUACAAGUGCUACCUGGAGAAGAACCCGGAGAGCCCAAAAGGUUUCGAGCGUGGACUGGAGCCACUUAGAAUAGUGGGGGCCACCGACUCGUCCGGGGAGCUGAUGUAUCUGAUGUUAUGGAAGGGCAGCGACUUUGUAGAUGAGGUGCCGGCAAAGGUGGCCCACAAUCGGUGUCCCCAGUUGGUCAUCCGAUUCUACGAAGAACGUCUCGUGUGGGCUUCAAACGGUGAAGGAAAGGGAGAAAUCAAAGAUAACUGAAGAAUCUGGAUGCAGAUGGAUAUACGCUCAUACUCGACGUAGCCAAGCUGGUUAUAUGGCUGAUCCUGUUGCAAAAUUUUGUAA